AUGGCUGCAACAUAUGCGGCUUUAGUUUCUCUCACUCAUACUAUUGACCAGAUCCUCAAUCCACCUCCUCAUCAUCACUUCAAUUUUGAUCGUGAUCAGAUUAAUUGUCUACGACAAAAAGUCGAUUUCUUGAUAGAUUUUCUCGAAAAAAAUCAAUCAAGUACUGGAGGAGAUCACAAAGAGAUCGAAGAUUUGGAGACGAGAAUCAGGGUUGUAGCUGAAGGAGCAGAGUAUAUCAUCGAAGACAAUGUGAUGAACCACAUUCUUGCUGGAUCUGAAGUCGACAGAUCAGUAGAAACCUCAACCUUAUCUGAAGGUGUACAAACAUCAAUACAAGAUUUUGAUUCCAUCGAGGAAGAGUUGGUGAGAAUCGAGAAAGAUCAUGUGCAGCAUAAAAACUCCAUAACAACGGAAGCUAGUUUAUCAUCAUCGUCAUCGAGGCCUCUUCUUCCGAUUGGCAAAAACAUCAUGGUGGGAUUCGACGGCCACGUGAACGAAAUUAUGGGUGCUCUCUCCACCGAUGAAUCUAAUCGUCAAAUUAUCCCUAUUGUUGGAAUGGGAGGCAUAGGUAAGACUACUCUUGCCACUCAUGUCUAUACCAAUCCUUUUAUCGUGCAACACUUUCAUGUUCGUGCUUGGUUUACGGUUUCCCAAGAAUAUACCAAAAAGGAGAUUCUUCUAGGCCUUUUGCAUAAGAUUAAUAAUAAAAAUUCAAAUGAUGCACAUGACAUGAAUGAUGAAGAUGAACUUGGAGAUAAAUUGCACAAAACUCUGUUUGGGAGGAAGUAUUUGAUAGUGAUGGAUGACAUGUGGGAUAUCAAUGCGUGGGAGAUGAUAAAUAUGUUCCUUCCAGAUAACAAUAAUGGAAGUCGAAUCUUGGUAACUACUAGGCUAUUGAGGUUGGCUAUGGAUAUUGGGUCUUGUCGCCCUUAUCAACUAAAUUUCCUAGAUGAAGAACAAAGUUGGGAUCUACUCUCCCAAAAGAUAUAUGCAGACAAAUGUUGCCCCGUUGAACUCGAGGUAAUUGGAAGAAGUAUUGCAAAAAAAUGCAGAGGUCUUCCUUUGGCCCUUGUUGUUAUUGGUGGGGUUCUUGCAAAGUCGAAAACAGAAAAUUGGAAGUACAUUGAAGAAGAUGUAACUUCAGCAGUGCGCAAUCAAGAUGACGAGUUUUACAUGAAGAUAUUAUUGUUGAGUUAUAAUAACAUGCCUAUAUAUCUCAAGCCUUGUUUUCUUUACUUUGCCGUGUUCCCAGAAGAUUAUACCAUCAAAGUUUCCAAGCUAGUCAGUUUGUGGGUUGCUGAAGGAUUCAUAAGGCAAUGUGGGCAUAAAAGCUUAGAAGAAAAUGGAAAUGAGUAUUUGGAAGAUCUUAUAGAUAGGAAUCUCGUUUUGGUUGAUUGGAGAUCAAUUAGUGGAGAAGUGAGGUCCUGCCGCAUUCAUGAUCUUUUAAGUAAUCUAUGUAGGACAGAAGCUCAGAAAGACAAUUUUAUUCUUACUAGAAAACUUUAUAACCCCAAUACUUUAAGUUACCUAAAGAUCACACAACGCCUCAAUAUUAAUGGUGGCAAAUGGAAAGGGAUGAAACUUACGCCCGAUACAUCACCAGUACCUAUACGGUCUUUGUUAUGCUUCUCUCCUGAGGAUUCAAAUGAUUACACUGUUGAUCAGGUUGGGUUACUACGGGUAUUGAAUGGGGUUGAUAGAUAUCCUAUACAUGAAAUUCUACAGCUAAUUAACUUAAGAUAUGUUUCUUGCAUGGGUCCGAUGACUGCGAUGUCGUCUUCUAUAUCCCGACUUUGGAGUCUACAAACUUUAAUUGUUGAUGGAGAGUUGAAUUUACCAAGUGAGAUAUGGCAGAUGCCCCAACUUCGACAUGUUGAGGCCACACGAAUACAUCUGGCUGAUCCUCCUCCAGAUGAUGUCAAGAACAUCAUACUUCUUCAAAAUCUACAAACACUUUCAACAGUCAUAGAUUUGAAAUGCACUGAAGCGGUAAUUAAAAGAAUCCUAAAUAUCAAGAAGUUUGGAAUUAUUUGUCCGACAUUUGGAUCUAUUUUUUUAAGAAAUCUUGGCCAUCUCCAUAAACUUGAAGAACUUUAUUUGCAAUGUACUCCUUGUGGUGGAGAUGUUGUCUUCCCAAAUUCACUUAAACGGUUGAUCUUACGUGGAUGCAAGAUUCCUUGGGAAGAUAUGUCUGUUGUUGGUUCACUACCCAACCUUGAAGCUCUCACGUUGUGGACAAAUGCUGUUGUAGGCCAAAAGUGGAUUUCAAAAGAAGGGGAAUUCACUCGACUCAAGUUCUUGUACAUUUAUGAGUGUGAAUUGGAGAUAUGGGAAGCAGACAAUACACAUUUCCCAUGUCUUGAAAUUCUAAGUCUUGGGUACUUAAACCUCAAGGAGAUCCCGUCUGAAUUUGCCGAAAUAUUAUCACUUCAAGCGAUUAACUUUGAUUGCAAUAGCAACAAUGACCUUUUGCUAUCAGCAAAUGAAAUAUCAGAGCAACGAGAGAACCUAGGAUACAAUGCUCUUCAUGUUCAAAAUUUCACAUGUGGAGUGUUCAGAAUUUGGGUGAAGAGAGGUAUUAAUCUUGUUGUUGUUAAUGACGGCCACAUCGGAGAUCCUUAUGUUGUUAUCACGAGUUCCAAACAGAGUGUGAAGACUCGUGUUGUGACGAAAGAUAUUAAUCCGGAAUGGGACGAGAAACUCGGAAUUCGUGUUGCAAAUCGCAGUCAUUCAAUUUCUCUGACAGUGCAUGACCGCACCAAGUUCAAAUUUGAUGACAAGUUGGGAGAAGCGAAUUUGGAUAUUAGACCGUUUUUUGAAGCCGUGAAAUUGAAUCCAAAUGGCCUUCCAAAUGGUUCAAUAAGCGCACGAGUAUUGCCUUCGAUCUCCAAUUGCCUUACCGAAGAGAGUUCCGUUUUCUGGGAAAAUGGGACACAUGAUGAUUUGACACUUUGCACUCUUAAAUUAUAUGCUAUUGACAUUUUGCAUCCUUAA